CUGUGUUUUCAGGUGGAGCUAAAAAUUGAAUGCGGAAGCGAAGUAGAAAGGUUUAGAAGACUAUUUUUUUCAGGUAAAAGCAUAAGACAUGGCGUCCCAGGUCUCUGGGUACUCAGGUACCAGUUCAGCAUUCUACCAAAGCACGAUACAGAGUACAGGCAUACAGAGAGAAACAAUAGGAGACCGUUUGUCACAGACUAAAGAAUGGCUUUAUAAUUCAGAGGAAGGGACUGUUAUGGGCAGAACACCCAAGGAUUGGUUUCUCUAUAUUUUGUGCAUCUUUGUGUUUUUGGCUGCCCUGCUUGGUAUAUCAGCUGCUUUUUGUGGAGUGUUCUACUGGGUGGUAGAUUGGAACUAUCCCACACUACAAGGGGCCCACAGUAUCUUACAAACACCUGGUAUGUCAUUCCGACCUCAGCCUGAUCACAAGUCAACACUGAUUAGAUUCUUGAAGGGUGACGUGACCACAUACACUCAUAUCAUAGAUCACAUUGAGGCUUAUAUCCAGUUUUAUGAGAACACUCUCCAAGUAGGUGAUCGCUAUCAAGAUUGCAGUGAAAUCAGAAAAAGGCGUACAACUGAUCUUGACAAAGCUUGUGUAUUUCUUCCUGAAGUUCUGGGCAAUCUGUGUGUGAAGCAGCAAAACUAUGGCUAUGAUGAUGGUCAGCCCUGUAUUUUACUUAAGCUCAACAGGAUAGUUGACUGGGUUCCUGAAGAGUACACUGCAGACACAGUUCCUGAUUUACUUAAAGAUACUUGGAAGGAGGAUGACCCCUGGUGGAUCUAUGUGAAAUGUGAUGGGGAUGAUGAUGCUUCCAGAGAGAACAUGGGAGACUUGCUCUACUUCCCAGCUCCAGGGUUUCACUUCAAGUAUUAUCCUUUCCGCAACCAGCAGGGAUACAGGUCACCUUUGGUGUUUCUGCGUAUGGAUAACCCACGCCCAGGUGCUCUCCUUUUCAUCACUUGCCGUGCAUUUGCAAAGAAUAUUGAACAUGACAAAACAGAAAAUAUUGGUCAGGUUCGGUUUGAACUACUUGUGGAUUAAUUCUUUAGAUUAAAAUUUUAAAAUUAUUUUGCAUUUUCAAAAUAUUUUUAAGAAUCUCUAUUUUUAAAACUGAAGAAAUUUUUCUCUUUAAAAUUGCAGAGUUAUUGCCCUUGCAUCACUUUUUUUUUCUUUGAUCAAAUGUUUAGUUGUUUUUUUAAUCAUCUGCAAGAUUCAUUAGCUUGUUUAUUAACUUCUGAAAUCUUUACUUUUAUGGAGAGUAUUUUGUUUAACUUACUAAAGUAUAAAACAAAUUUUCCAGCUCUUGUUAUGGUUAUAUUAUGAAUAUUUUUUAUGUACAUAAUUAUAAAUAUAUAUAAAGAACAGGGUGAAUGAUUGGUGUGAGUUUCGAGAAAACUUCCUUCAAAUUAUUUAUAGCUGCAGUGGAAAAAUGAUCUGACAUUCCAUUUUAUAUUAGUCUUUGUAAACAUACCUUUUACAAAUUUGUCUUUAUUAUAUGAUUGUUCUGUUCUGUUUUCGUGUGAGUACUAUUUGCAAUAAAAUCUUUUUUUUUUGUUGUUGUUAUUUUGUUCAGAAUUUUUCACAUAGAUUUCUUUACUUUUGUUGUAUUAUAAUCCUUAGUUUCCAGACAAUAUUGUGUCUACACAAGUCAAUAACUUGAGUUUGUAUAGUGAGUGACUAAUGUAAAUACCAUUUCAUGACUUCAUUCCAUAGUUUUGUAUUAUAUAAAUUUUGAGUUUGUUGUUUUUUUUAUUUUGUUAGGUCAGACUCUUACUUUUUAUUCUAGUUAAACAAUGUUUAUACAUCAAAGACCAUUAAAGGAGCUUUGCCUUUUUGGUGCAAAAUCUUUGAUGGUAACUCACAUAGAAAAAGUUUUAUUUAGCCAUAAAGAAAUCUUAAGUUGAUGUUGAAUGUUUAAACAAUAUACUUGGUUAUAUUCUGUAAGUUGUUCUUCAGACAGAGAAACUAACAGAGCACAAAUGCCUUUAGAAACAAUUCAGUCAAACACCACCAUGAGUAACAUUAUUGAUUUAACUAAGAUAUUCCAUUUUCUUACUUACAACCUUACCUGUGCUAUAUCAGCUGUGCCUUUGCUAACUUUGAUUUGGAGGUUAUCAACACACUUAUGUUUGUCUCAUUCAGGAUUGUCAACCUGAAGUUUUACCAUUAUUUCAGUGAUAAUUUUGGACUGACACUUCUUUCAAAUCUAGAUGUUGAUAAUAUCUUUGAUUGUCAUCAUACAUUAAAACAGCAUUUUUUUUUUGGUCUGCGUGCCAAUUGCUUUCCAUUUUGGUCUUGGGGGAAACUAAUAAUUAUAUUUUUUGUAUUGCCAUCCUUUUUUUUUUUUUAGUGAACUCUCUUAUUAAGUUUGUAUUCCUUUGUGUAAAGUUGACAACCUCAGAGUUACAGUUUAUUACAUAAAAGAUAAAUGACAUUGUAUAAUUCCCACAGAGCAGAAGGUGGCAACCUUACGAGCAGAAACUCCAGUUUGUUGUUUGACCUUUUCUGAUCUUUGUUUCCUCCCUUUUUGAAUUAGCAAGAGCUGCCAACUUCAUCUCCACAUUCCAUUCUAUGAAGAAUAUGAAUUGAAAUUAUACAUUAAUCUAUAUCAAUACAUUUCCCUUACAAGGAAGUCUGCAUUAAUCUUGCAAAUUUAUUGCAUUUUUUAAAGUUUCAAUAAAAUAAUAGAUAAUCUA